AAGGAGGCGGAGAAGCCGCCCGGCCGCCCGCCCCGGGAGCUCCGCCGCUCCUGCCUCCGCCUCUGCCGCCUCCGUCGCCUCUAGCCGCCGCUGACAGGUCCCGCGGCCUCUGGGCGGGGAGCGAGCGAGCGGGCGGGCGGGGCCCGGGCCAGGCCGGGAGCGGGCGGCUGCAGGAUGAAGGGGCCGAGCCCGAGCCGGGGGCGCCGGGCCCAGGAGGCGGCACCAUGACCGGGGAGAAGAAGAAGAAGAAGCGGCUCAACCGCAGCGUGCUGCUGGCCAAGAAGAUCAUCACCAAGGACGGAGGCGCCCGACAGGGGAUUGGUGAGCCUAGUGUCUACCAUGCCGUGGUGGUGAUCUUCCUCGAAUUCUUUGCCUGGGGCCUGCUCACGACCCCCAUGUUAACGGUAUUGCACCAGACAUUCCCACAGCACACCUUCCUGAUGAAUGGCCUGAUCCACGGAGUCAAGGGUCUGCUGUCUUUCCUCAGUGCCCCUCUCAUUGGUGCCCUCUCAGAUGUCUGGGGCAGAAAGUCAUUCCUCCUCUUGACGGUGUUCUUUACCUGUGCACCCAUUCCCCUGAUGAAGAUCAGCCCAUGGUGGUACUUCGCAGUCAUUUCCAUGUCAGGUGUCUUUGCAGUGACCUUCUCCGUCAUCUUUGCCUAUGUGGCUGACAUCACGCAGGAACACGAGCGGAGCACAGCGUAUGGCCUGGUCUCUGCUACCUUCGCUGCCAGUCUGGUGACAAGCCCAGCCAUAGGUGCCUACCUGUCCCGCGCCUAUGGUGACACACUGGUGGUGGUGCUGGCCUCAGGAGUGGCGCUGCUGGACAUUGGCUUCAUCUUACUGGCUGUGCCUGAGUCCCUGCCUGAGGAGAUGCGGCCUGUGUCUUGGGGAGCUCCCAUCUCCUGGGAGCAGGCUGACCCCUUUGCUUCUCUUCGGAAAGUAGGCCAGGACUCUACCGUGCUUCUCAUCUGCAUCACUGUCUUCCUCUCCUACCUGCCAGAAGCCGGCCAGUACUCCAGCUUUUUUCUCUACCUGCGCCAGGUAAUCAGCUUUUCCUCAGAAACAGUGGCCGCCUUCAUUGGUGUGGUGGGGAUUCUGUCCAUUCUGGCUCAGACAGUGGUGCUGGGAAUCCUGAUGCGCUCCAUAGGGAACAAGAACACAAUCCUGCUCGGCCUGGGGUUCCAGAUCCUGCAGCUGGCCUGGUACGGCUUUGGCUCCCAGCCUUGGAUGAUGUGGGCUGCCGGCGCGGUGGCAGCCAUGUCCAGCAUCACCUUCCCCGCCAUCAGCGCCAUGGUGUCCCGGAAUGCAGACCCCGACCAGCAAGGUGUCGUUCAAGGGAUGAUCACUGGCAUCCGGGGGCUGUGCAACGGUCUGGGGCCGGCUCUGUACGGCUUCGUCUUUUAUCUGUUUCACGUGGAGCUGAAUGAGAUGGUGGCAGUAGAGAGCCUGGAGAAGGCCACCAAGCCCAACAUGGCCAACCCUUCGGAUGAGCGGAGCAUCAUCCCGGGCCCCCCUUUCCUCUUCGGAGCGUGCUCAGUCCUGCUGUCCCUCCUAGUGGCCUUGUUCAUCCCUGAGCACAAUCAUCUCACGCUGCGGUCCGGCAGCCACAAGAAACACAGCAACGGUGCCCAGAGCCACACGCACAGCCCCCAGGUGGGCGGCUUGGAUGGGAAGGAGCCCCUCCUGGUGGACAGCAGUGUAUGAUGAAGGAGAGGCAGAGAUCUCCACCUCCACCCACCCCAUUCCCAUCGACAGCAGUGUGCUCGAUGUGGACCAGACCAGGGGGGAGGGGAGGUGGUCAUGGACUGUACCACUAACAGCAAGUGAGAGGACCUAGAAGCCUGAGGCCCUCCGAGCCAAACACAGAUAAACACAGCUAGCCACAAACUCUGUCCCAAUGGUGCAAAACUAGGCUUCUGUCAUCCACCCAGGGCUGGAAAAUGGGAGAGAGUUGGGACGACAGCACGUGAAGACAGGCGAGUGUUAAACUCACCUGCUUCCGGGGAACUGUGGACUUGGAAAUGGAACCUGCCAAUUCCUCAUCUUGCCAGGGAGCAGGAGAGUGGCUGAAUCUCAGGCCCUGGGCCACUCCCCUCCCAGGCUCUGACAACCCCCAGUCAUGGGAGGAGGCACUUCUGAUCGCCCCCCCCUCCGGAGGACCCAUUCCUGGUCUGCUGGGUGAGGCUGGAAAGGGUGUCCUGUGAGUGAAGUACCCAGAAUGAGAGAUAGCACCCACCCCCACAAGCAGGAAAGGAGCCCUGCAGCAGCAACCCACUGCUGGCUGUAGCCAGGACUGACCCUACCCCAUGGUCCCCCUCCUCCUUGGCACCCAACCAAAUGUGCCUGCCCAGCCCAGGAAACUUGGGCAGGGAGCGCCUUGCUGACGGUAUCACAGAAGGCAAAGAAUUUCCCACACCAUUGUGAGGGGUCCCAGUGUGCCCCACAGCAACCCAAGAUGGAUGACCCCCUUCUUUAGGCCCAUCUGGCCUGCAGUAGCCUGAGUGCCAAGUUUGUCAUGGUUCAGAGCUGGAGGAGAGGGGGAAGGCUCAGGGAUGUCCAGGUACACAAAGGAGCUGGCACCUUCCUACUGGUUUGCAGCCAUCAGUUGACCCUCCCCCAGAUCCCCCAGCAGCUGCCAUCCAGAAAGCACCAGAGCUUACGGGUCACUGGAAUAACUGGCUGCCGGGGCCUCUCCUGGAAAAUGCUCCAGGCACUGGCACGGUCAGCUCUGGGGAGAGAAGCCUGGCCAGUAACCUGUCGCCCCCCCAGCUCCCACCCCUAGAGGUCCGGGAAGGGGUGCAGGGGGAGAGGCCUCUGGGAUUCACAAAACUUAGCUCAGAAGGCCACAACAAAGCACCUUUAAGGAAGGUCGGGCUGCCCAUGUGAUGCUAGAAAAGCAGCCAGAAGGCAGGAGUGACCCGGCCUUGACCCCCUCGGGCGGAUGGUUUUCCACAUAUUGUUUCUGACUUGAUUCCUGGUGCCCCUUGCCCACUACGACCGUUCACUUGGCCUGGCUCCCUGAUGGGGGGAAGGCCCCCAGUGCGGGGCUGGCUGCCAUCAGUGUUCUGGCUCUGUCCCUGUCUUGUGGCCUGAGGAGGUCAGUUACAGGUCUGGCGCUGUCAGCCUGAGGUAGCCUGUGACUUCACUGAUGGCUUCCUGGGUCGCCCCCCUCCCACAGCCCCAGGAUCCCCUGAGCCUCCCUGGCCCUCUGUGCCUGCCUUGGGAAUGUCUGCCCCAGGAGGGGGUCCCAAGUUCUCCCACCCUUCUCAGCCAACGCUUUAGUUUACAUACUGAGCAGUUUGAGAUCCCUGGCCUGCACGUCUUGUGAGGUAGAAAGUCUUUAGGUGGAUCUCUAACUGGCCCCUCUCCAUUUGUCCGAGAGCCUCCAGGAGUGAGGGAUUGCUUUGGGGAUUCUGUGUGUCUGGCAGGGCUGGUGACCAGAGCUGCCUGGCCCUCAGCCUGCCCAUACGUGUACUCCUUCAUCCAGGACCUAACGAUGCUGGAGCCAGAGCCAUCCAGACAUUGUGAAAAUGAACCCACCCUGGGGGAGGAGGUAGGGGUGGCUUUUACAUUUUGCACUUUAGUCUGCAGGGACAGGUGGACCCCAAAGUCCCGUUUCUCAUUCCUCUUCCCCUUGCAGCCCCAGGCUCAAUGACCCCAGGCCUCAUUUGAGUGAUCCCAUCAGGGGUUUCUUUCCCAACAGUCAACCCAUCAGAAAAGCAAAAUCUCACUCAUCCUUUCAAAACAAUAUCAUAGAAGACCACUUCGAAAAAAAAAAUUUUUUAACACCUUCAAGUUAACAGACCAACUGGAGUUAUCAGGCUGGGAACCCCUAGGUACAGAGAAGUCUCCAGUGGUAUCUUGGCAUUUCCAGGAACAGAGCUCUGAGCAGGGACAGCUGAUCCCCUUACCCCAAAAACCACAAGGCAGUGACCAGGCCCUCUCCACCCCUGCCUUUGCAGGGUCCUACCAGGUUGCUCCCACUAACUUGACCUCCCCCCCAAAAAAUCCCUUGAAGCAUGUGACAUCCCAGACCUCUUGCCUUUCCCCUAGUCCCUAAAAGGCAUUAGUUGCCAGGGCUGCGUGAAGACCCUUGUGAGUCUGAUGGGCCCAUGUGUCCUGGAAGCUGUCCAGAGACCACUAUUUCUGCCAGUUUUAUGUUACACUUUGGGAGAAGCGUGAACCAGUUUUUUGAAAGGGCAUUCCCCCCCCCCCAUGUAGCUUUUCUGUUCAGCCAGGUGGCGCACUAUUGGAAUGUUGGCACGUUCCCCAGGUCAGCUGUCCCAGGGAUGUCCCUGUGGCCACAGUGCCCCCUGCUUUGGGACCAAAGGCAGCCCCUUCUUCUGGCUCUGCCAUCUUCUCUCUGCCUGGUUCUCUUCUGGUCUAACAUACCCUCCUCAGGGACCUAGCUGGGGGACUUGAAGGAGUCUCGGUGGACCUGCUGUUGCUUGAAACACGUGGAAGCAGUGAUGCGAGUUGGCUGUUAGCAAGUAGGUGCGGUUUGUCCCGCUUGGUCCUCCUCCCUCCAGGAUCCCCCCCCCAAAUUCCCCACUGUGGCCAACCUUCUGUGUUUUCAUUAAGAAGGGACCAGCCCUAUACUUUGGAAUUGAUGACGUUGACCCCCUGGUGUGUUGUUGAUUUUGUGUUUUUAGCUGAUAACUCAGUACAUUUAGUUGAUUUCAGAUUGUGUUUAGAUUCAGGUGCCCCCCUCCUGGUUAUUUAUUAAACAGCUGCUUUCUUCUUGCAAAGGAAAAAACAA